CAGCCAUCGACAGAGAUGCAGUUGAUGUUUUAUUCUUUGUUUAAGCAGGCCACCAUUGGUCAGUGUAAUGUUUCCAGGCCUGCUUUCUAUGAUAUUGUCGGAAGAACUAAGUGGGACGCAUGGAAUCACUUGAAAGAAACAUCAAAAGAUCAAGCAAUGCAAAUGUAUGUCAAUGAACUUAAGAAGGUA